AUGGGGCACGACGCUUCAGGUUACCUGGACGGAGUUGUGUUCUUAAGGAAGCCGAUCAGCUCUACCACAGUUGUGCUGGUGGCACUGGGUUACCCAGCUGUGCUAUCCUGGAGUACACAGGAGCCGAUCAGCUCGACCACAGUUGUCCUAGCGGGCUACCCAGCUGUGCUAUCCUGUGGGUACAGCUCAGAGCAGCCGCCUGACUCUGUGGACUGGUACCGUCUAGAGGGGCUCGAUGCUGAGCAGGAGAGAACUCACCUUCUGUAUCACGAUAGCAACAGUGGAACGUUCGCAUUCGGCAACUACUCAGACAGAGCAGAAGUAGUAGAACCUGCCAACCUGAAACUACAGCCUGUGUACAUGUCAGAUAAUGGAGACUAUGAGUGUGAGGUCCCUACAACGGCAGAUUACGAUACGUUCCUGUCCAAAGUACGGCUGCAGGUUUUGGAAGCGCCGGACGGACCCAGGAUUACUGGUUACUCACCUCCACUGUUUGCAGGGCAGACGCUGCAUCUACGAUGUGAGUCGCAGAUCGUGGGUGACGUCCGGCCCACCCUGGUGUGGUACAACGGCUCGCGGGAGCUGUCGCGCAUCGACCCCUCCGUCUGGCAGCCCGAGACGGAGACCGCCGUGCUGAACUACGUUCUGGACGUGUCCAAGUACGACAACGCGAAGGCCUACAGGUGUCAGGCGCUGUACCGGGGACCUGUGGGAGUCAGGGAGCAGAAAAUCACACUUGACAUCAGAUAUGCCCCCACCACGGAUAUUGAGACCCCUUUGGGCAAAGUAGUGCGGGAGGGGGAUGACGUACUACUGAGGUGUGCGGUGGACAGCAACCCUCCGUCUACAGUCAGCUGGGACAGACUGGAGGGAGACAUGCCCGCUAACUACAACCUGUUCGAAGAUGGUCGCCUGUUAAGAAUAGUUAAAAUUACAAGGAACUUCCACGGGACGUACCAGUGCAAGGCAGAGAACGACCUCGGUGUCAGCACAACUUCUGUCGAGCUGAACAUCCUAUAUGCCCCUUCAAUAGCCAGACAAGUCUUGGACACAGCUGAGGCUCUGGUCGGAGAAAACUUCACCCGCGCUUGCAUAACCGACGGCAACCCGCCCCCCACAGUGCGUUGGAGUCGGGAAGGCUCGGAGGAGAUUUUGGACGACCCACUGUAUUUCUCCAGCGUCAACUUUACAGAUGACGGGUCCUACAUCUGUACGGCAAGGUCGGAGGUCAAGUACUUCCCGGAGUCAACCGCCAAGUUCAGGCUGGAUGUCAAAGGCCCUCCACAGAUUGUGAAACAGAACACCAUCUUCUCAGCGAAGGAGAACGGCAGCGUGACCUUGGAGUGUGAGGUGGAGUCAGACCCUCCUGCCACCAGAGUCGCCUGGAAGUGGGAGAGCAACUCCAUCGAGAGCGGAACGGUUGGGCGUUACUCAGUGAGACAGAAGGAGACCCCCACCAGUAUCCUGAGCACCCUCACCAUCAAGUCUGUCCAGGCUUCGGACUUCCGCAGUUACCAGUGUCUUAUCCUGGUUGGGCGAUACUCUGUGAGACAGAAGGAAACCCCCACCAGUAUCCUCAGCACCCUUACCAUCAAGUCAGUCCAGGCGUCAGACUUCCGCAGUUACCAGUGUCUGGCCGUCAACGUUCACGGGGAGGAGACACAGGUCAUCGUGCUGGAGAGGGCCACGGCCCCCCCACCCCAGCCCAUCCCCCUGGUAGCCAUCAUCCUCCCCGUGAUCCUCGUGUUUAUCAUGGUCAUUCUGGGCCUUCUAUACUACUUACGCAAGUACUGGCAAAGGAAACUGCCCUGGACUCCCAAGUACCUGAAGAACAAGGAUAUGGAGAUGAGGGCCAUUGAAGAUGACUACCUUCCCCCUAUAGCUCAAGAUUCGGCUUCCCCCAUGCCACUUCUACCAGGGGAUGACCCCACCAACUACUACAUGGAGCCAGACCUGAUCCGAGAUCUGGAGUUUCCACGGGACAAACUCUCGCUGGAGCGUGUUCUCGGGCGCGGGAACUUCGGGCAGGUCAUCAAGGCGAAGGCUCAGGGGGUGGGAGGUGCCGAUAAACCUAUGACUGUCGCUGUCAAAACUACCAAAGAUGGGUCGUCAGCUGAUGCGAAAGAAGAUCUGCUGAAGGAACUGAAGAUGAUGAAGCUGAUCCCACCUCACCCCAACGUUGUCAUGCUUAUAGGGUACUGUACAAAAACAGAGCCCGUGUAUGUGAUAGUGGAGUACUGUGCCCUCGGAAACCUGCAGAACUUCCUGAGAAAAUGCCGCAGCAAGCGAGACUCGACCUACGCAAACAUACAGGUCGACGAGAGGUUACUGACCCCUCGUGACCUCGCCUCCUUUAUAUGGCAGAUAGCCAGGGGAAUGGCACAUGUAGCAUCACUCAAGAUUGUCCACAGAGAUCUGGCCAGUAGAAACGUGUUGAUAGACAAAAACAAAGUCUGUAAAAUCUCGGACUUUGGUCUGUCCAGAGACGUGUAUGAUACAGACAACGAGGAGUAUGAACAGAAAACACAGGGCCGGCUGCCCCUGAGAUGGAUGGCACCAGAGUCCCUGUUCGACCAUGUUUACUCCGUCAAGUCAGAUGUCUGGUCCUACGGUAUCACCAUGUGGGAAGUACUGACAUUAGCGUGUACCCCCUACCCCGGCCUGUCGCCCCCUGCCAUGAUGGAAAGACUCAGGAACGGUUUCAGGAUGAGCAAACCUGUGCACUGUAAUGAUGAAGUUUAUGACAUCAUGAGAAAGUGCUGGGAAGACGACCCAGAGGACAGACCGACCUUCAUCGACCUUGUCAGACUGCUGGAGGACGUCAUCACCAAGGCUGAGGAUUUCAUUAAAAUAGAUGAGAUUCCCGCUGCCAUGUAUGACGAAUCCAACUCCAAGAAGUCCAAACAGGAAAAGUGCUAGGGCCACCCUGGACACCCCUAUUCAAGAAUGGACUCUUCCACUUCUGACAGAAACGUGACAGAAAUUAGGGGCGUACCACUCUGUAUCAGGGGUGUCUGGAAGCAGACUUUCAAUGUUUUAUGUAGGAGACACCAUGAUCACACAAGUGUACCUGCAAAUUCACUCCUCUAGGAAUUUCAUAUAGUAAUAAAAUUGCUCUUACAAUUAAUUGUAUCACCAAUAAAGACAAAGUACAAUGUACUAGUACAUGCAAGUUAUGUUAAUAAUGUGCAACUCAAAUUAGUGCAAAAAACAUUAAUUAACAUAUUCACAUUGAUUAUGUAUCAGCCAUUAAUAUUGUUUAACCUUCUUUCUGCCGUGGUACCCUUUUGGAACUGACUUGUCAUAGGUUACAGGG